UCAAAGUCAAAUUCGCAGCAAAUCGGCAUCAGAGUUUGUUUAUUUGUGAACAUUGUUAUUAAUUCCAUAAAUCAAAAGAAUUAGAAGAUUGUUAUUAAUUUCGUUUAGUUAAUAUGAAGUUAGCUUUAUAGAAACUAUAAUUUAACAUUUCGUAUAAUGGCGCCAGGAAAAAAAGGUGCCCGCGGAAAACUUAACCAACACGUUGAAAGAAACUAUGCAGAACGUCUUGAAGACUUAAGAGUUCAGUCGUCUGAAGAGAGUGGUGAAAGUACAGAUUCUGACGAUGAAGGCGUGGAAGCCACGUUCGCCGUAAGCAUGUGGGACUUGAACCAUUGCGACCCCAAAAAAUGCUCCGGUAGAAAGCUUUUAAGGCAUAACCUCAUCAAGAAUUUAAAACUUGGCCAAAAAUUCCAAGGACUCGUUUUAUCACCGGUAGGAACACAGUGCGUUAGUCCAAACGAUAAAGACAUAAUAGAGAAGUAUGGUUUGGCUGUAAUAGAUUGUUCAUGGGCUAAAAUUGAUGAGACACCAUUCGGCCGAAUGAAAUCACCUCACCCAAGAUUGUUGCCUUUCUUAGUUGCAGCGAAUCCCAUUAACUAUGGGAAACCUUAUCAGCUUAGUUGUGUUGAAGCAUUGGCUGCAGCAAUGUUCAUAACUGAUCACAAAAAAGAAGCAAAAUUUUAUCUAUCAAAAUUUUCAUGGGGACAUUCGUUUUUAGAACUCAACUCGGAAGCUUUAGACAUGUAUGCUGCUUGUACAGAUAGUAAAAGUGUUAUUGAAGCUCAGGAAAAAUAUUUGGUAUUGGCGGAAAGUGAAAAAGAUACAAGAAAGAUGUGGCCCUCUAGUGAUUCUGAAACUGAAAGUGAUACUAGUAAAUAAUGCAUCUGUUAUUUAUUUUUAUAUAUUAAAUGUAUAUGUAUUGUAAAAA